GAGCUUGCCGUCGUCCAGAGUUGACGUACUCGCCCGCCCGUCCAUUCUCUCGUCAUUCUAUAGAGAAAUCCCUUGUGUAUUAAUCGUUCUUCAAAUUUUUCUUGCUCCAAACUUCCAUUGUCAAUUGUAUUAGUUGGCCCCUUUACCUUUCCCAUUUCCUUGCUCUCGUGACCAAGGGGUCAAACAUUCCAUCGACAUAUAUAUCUAAGUCCUACCCACGGAGGCCAUCCGCCACCGAUGUUAACCUCCAAAUUCCCUCUCUCAGCCGCAUGGCUGCUACUGCUGCUGCUGGUAGGCACCACAUCAGCGGCGCCGGCGCGCGAUCAAGCCCUCGCUGCGAGGCAGGCCGCUCAACCGACCGAUCCGUGGGUGACGGUUGACGAGGACGGACAUGCCAGGACCAUCACGCCGGUCCUGGCCACCGUCAGCGGCGUCCCAACGCUGCUCUCGGCCGCGCCGUACGAGGUCACGGCCACCGUCUUCACCAUGAGACCGUGGGGGUACAAGACGACGAGCACAGGCGCCGCCCAGCCCGUCGCAACCAACGACAAGGGCGCCGGCGCCUUCGCCGCAUGCCGUAGCAGCAGCAUAGGGGACGGGGGCGAGGAUUUCAAACCCUUCUGCCUGCCUAAGCACCAGGAUACGUAUUAUACCGGUCCAAUGCACUUCAUAACCUGGGACCCGUCCUACUUCCCCACCCCCAACACCACCAUCAAAGUGCUGGGCUUCUACACGCCAAACACCACCAGCACCAGCACCACCGGCAGCGGCAGCACCCCCUUUGAAGGCGAGUCCGAGGCCUUCAGCUCGGGCGAGAUGGCCGCCGGGUGGGGGUACUGGCAAUGGCGGGCCGACAAGUCACUUCUCUCGUCACAAUCACUCACGGCGGCAAACAUCACCAUCCGGAUCGUCUUCCUGUCCCCGGCAACAGCAUCAGCACAGGCAGGGGGCAGCAGAAGCAACCAGACCGCUGUAGCGGCGCCAGCGGCAGCGGCGCGGUGGGUGCAAGGCCCAACCAUCCUGCUCACCUACCGCCCCGGCCCGCCGGCGGUCAAGUCCAAGAGCCCGGACGCGGGCGGGCUGUACAUUGCGCUGCCGGCCGUGUCUGCGUUUGCCAUGCUCAUGGUGGUGGGUACGUUUUUCUGCAACCGCCAGGCGAGGACGAUUGGGAUAGGCAACGUCAUGAGCCGCCGGGGGAGGCGGGACAUGGGGGGCCGCCGGGGUAAGAGGACGUUGUUAUUUGGGAAGAUGGGGAGCAGGAAGAGCGAUAGUGGCGAUAGCAGGAUCGACAGAGAGCAGUCGAUCCGGCUGAUGAGUCGGGAUGCGAACGCCGAUGACGACCAUGACCAUGACGAGGUGCCAUGGGAUUACUGGGAUGCCGAGGAGGACCAGAUGCUUGGGCAGUCGUCCACGAGCGCUGGCGCUCACCGACCUAGGUAGGCCCGGGAAGUGUUGGGUAGGUAGGCUCACUGAAUUACUGCAGGUAGAUAAUAACCAUGGCGCUAUUCGCU